UUGUGAAGGCAGUGAGUACUGUACUGCAAGGGAAGUAACACUGCGCGGAGUUUGACAGCAAAGAAGCUGACAGGAUGCUAAAAUAUUGACAAAUUUCAAAACACCUAAUUUUCACUGAUUUACAAUUUAUUUUUUCACUUUUAAAGAUGGGCAAUAGAUAUUUGAAUGUUUCGGACAACUUACUAUGUAUUCCGUUUUUACGGUACGCGGUUAUUACUGUGAGUUUACCUGCACUGUCUCUGACCUACUGUUUCUUGUCAGCUUACCUGUUUCGAGGAGAUGAAAUCAAUCAAACAGAUUGCAAUGUGACCAACACUAUACCAUCCGUAAGUGCAGUUACUGGCAUCAAACCUCAGACCUACGUGUGGAGAAUAUGUAUCGGCAUACACACAACGCCACGCUUUUUUGUGGGCAUCAUGUACUACAACUACUACCGUAACAGCGUACCAUACAUACACCAAGGACGGGCACUGUACAAGUUCCUCAUAAAACUCUGUUUUUUCUUGUACACCUUGGAGUGCUUCUGUUUACAUGCAGUCAGCUGUAUAUCAAAUAAAGAAAACUACCCAAUUCAUGAGAAGAUCUUCGUUGUUUUCAUGAUAUGUUCCGUAGCCAAUGAGUUGUUCGGCACACUCCUGUAUCGAUGGUCAAAGUACCGACCUAUGACUAAACUGGAAGAGCGUUCCUAUUUCUGGAAGCGGGUAAACCUGUUUGUGACAAGUGUAUCAACGGUGGGUCUUCUGUAUUUCUUCGUCCAGCACCGCUUCUACUGUAUACCAGGAGCUUUCAGCUAUUUCUCAGUGUUUGAGUAUUUGAUUGCCUAUUCAAACAUGGGCUACCAUAUUACUGGCUACUUAGACUUCCAUGGACAAAGCUUGCUGGCUGGUCAUAUAGAGGAACCAGUCUCGAAUGGAUUAACUCCCUUUGAAGAGUCACAAAAUGGUCACCUUUCAUCACAAUCCAACUCAAAUGGUGUUUCGCAUCAGAAGACAAACAUUCCUGUCAGGAAUAGAAAAUUCAAUGGAUAACCACUGAAAAAAGAGGAUUUAUUUUUUAUCCAGUUGGGCUGAUGGAGUCAUUCAUCUCAAGUGUUGUUUUGAUAGACAUUUGUUGUAUUUUACAUGUUUAUUUAAUUAUUUAUACAGUUUGCUACUACCAUAAUAACCAUCAGAUAUUUAUUAGUUUUGCACCUAUCAAUAUUUUGCCCAACGGUUGACCCUUUUGGGCGGAGAUGUGUAGGUUGUGUCAUAGACCUAUAUAAACCAUUAUAGUUUAUAGGUCUGUGCUUGCAUAGAGUGGACUAUGGACAGCGGGUGAAUGCAGACAUGCAAAUUUUGAGCAGGUCUGGUGAGACUGCCACCUGGGAAAUAGACAUGGCUGGAUUUUGUUUCCAAAGAACACCUAACUGCCCAGGAAUUUGACGAAUUUCCCUGCUUUAGGGUUGGGCUUUAAGAACAUCAAAAUUGUCUGUUUCUCUGUUUCACUUGGGUUAUAAUGAUGUCUGAAUCUUCCCCCGUCACUCCAACAACCCUGUUUGAGUAGAACAUUGAUCGGUGCAACAUACGGAUAAGGCCUAAAAAAAAAUUGUUUGGUUAGGGUUACAUCCUUUUCAAAAAUAGGCAGGGUAGGUAGGUUUGUUUUUUUUUUUUUUUUUUUUAUAAGGCUUUAUAUAAGAAUGUCAUUUUCAUCAUUGGAGAAUAGUGUUAAAGUUAUCACCUGUAUAAGCAUUUAAGGUUUUGAACUCUAUAUUUAAAAACCAAAAAAAGAAGAUUUUUUUCAUUUUUUUUUUCAAACUGACUAUAAAAACAGUAGGGCGCCUAUUCCGUAGGUAGGGUCGGGUAACCCGAACCAAAUGUAUUUUUUUUUAGGCCUAAGCACCGUUGGUACUGGAGGUAUGCCUUUUGGCAUUACACCUUUAUCAGUAGACAAAAGCAAUCAUAGACAGGAAGUGAUGUCAACAUCAUGCAAUGUUUAGUAAUGGCAUGGCAUUUGGACUGGCAUAACAUAUAAAAAUCAUUGAUCAAAAAAUAGUUUUAUCAAUUGCUUUACCUUUUUUCAAGUUUUAUAAAGCCUCACUGUUUUUUUUCUGUAUGACAAAUAUUAUAGAACAAUAUAUCACUCUGCAUGUUUGUAAACAAUUUGAUUGAAAACAAUAAUUGCUUUAUUGGUAAUAUUCAAGCAAUCCAUACAUUUAUUUUUUCUUAUUUUGUUUCUAUGAUAAAGAUUAAUUUGAAUAAUCAGUUUAUUUUCCAUCAGAUAAAAACUUAUAUUUCCUCUUAAUUUUGUAAAACAACUUUCUUAAAACGUUAGUCAUGUUUUGUAUUUAACAGGAAAUUAUGUCAUGAACAUAUUACAAAUAAUAGCGUCAUCUAACUGGGUAUGACAUCACCAUUUAAAAGAAAGCACAUUUCAUUUAAAGUAUAUUAUUUAUGUUGUGAUUAUUUAUUUCUACAUACCAUUUUAGUAUUCACUAAACCUAUAAGUGGAACUCAUAAUACUCAGAUGCAUAUUUUGUUUAAAAUUCUCCGCAUACUACAUUUCUGCAAUACAAGUUGCUUUGGGAAUGGCUCAGCUUUGUCAGUGUGUAGUAUUGAGCUCAUCAACAGUGCAGGUAAAAAAUGGUAGGUGAAAUCGCACCGUCCGUCUGUCCGUCCGUCUGUCUGUGCGUCCGGCUCAAUAACUUGUGUCUUGGGUGGAACUUUCUCUUGUAUGGACAGAUUUUAAAAUAACUUACCACUUGUGUUCGACAUACCAAGACGACUUGUCACGUGCAAGACCCGUGUACCUACCUCUUAGGUCAAGUCAGACUUAUGUUUUUAUUCACAAUGGAAUGAUGCAUAUAAUAACAGAUAUAAUAACAGAGUAUAGGUUGUCAUGUCCAGGCUGUAACUUUUUCUUGUAUGGACAUAUUUUAAAAUGACUUGCCACAUUUGUUUGACAUACCAAGACGACGUGUCAUGUGCAAGACCCGUGUUCCUCCCUCUAAGGUCAAGGUCACACUUAGGUGUUUAUUCACAAUGGAAUGCUGCAUAUAAGGACAGAGCGUAGGUUGUCAUGUCCGGGCUGUUACUUUCUCUUGUAUGGACAUAUUUUAAAAUGACUUGCCACAUGUGUUUGACAUACCAAAAAGAUGUGUCGCGUGCAAUUAGACCCGUGUCUCUACCUCUAAGGUCAAGGUCAAACUUAGUGUUAUUCACAAUGGAAUGCUGCAUAUAAGGACACAGAGUAUAGGUUGUCAAGUUUGGGCUGUAGCUUUCCCUUGUAUCAACAGGUUUUAAAAUUACUUGCCACAUGUGUUUGACAUACCAAGACGAUGUGUCGCGUGCAAGACCAGUGUCCCUACCUCUAAGGUCAAGGUCACACUAAGUGUUUAUUCACAAUGGAAUGCUGCAUAUAAUUUCAUAGAUGUCAUAACCGGGCUGUAAUUUUGUCAUGUUUAUGACAGAUUUACAACAAAAACUUGGCACAUGUGUUUGGCAUAUAAAGAUAUAAAGAUUGUGUGUAGUAUGCAAGAUCCACAUGCAAACAUCAAAGGUCAGUAUUUGAUCUUUAACUUUUCAUGUACUGACCUGGUUCAUGGGUCAAUGUUACAUUCGGGGACAUACAUCACAUACUGUAACAGCUCUGGUUUGUUUGUUUUUUACUGGAAAAAAAUGUGAUAAAUAUAAUCUAACACUCAUCAUCAUAUGAUACACACAUUUAUUUAACUCUUCAAGAAAAUAUGUUAGCAGGCAUGCUUAAAGGCCUUGCUUACAAAUUUCCUUAACUCUUUGAUUAAAUUUGUGUGUCAUAUGACCAUGACGACUGGUGACAGACUCUCAUCAUACAGACGCAUACAAAGAAAGGUAUUGGAUCGCUGUGUGUAAUAAAACAGCAAUUUAACUUUAUAAGGCAAACAAGUAAUAUUUGGCACAUAUGUGACUGUAUUAGAUAACAUAUAAAAGUUUAAUUUUUAGACUGUUUGGAAACAUACUGUUUUUAGUUUGUGUAUCAGAAAUGGUCUGCAUUUUUAAGAACAGCAAGUUAUGCUUUGGAAGUUUGAGUUAUACUGUUGCAUGCAACAAAGUGUGAUUUAGUGUGAUUAAGUGUGACAAAGUGUUAAUGAAGUGUGACAAAGUGUUGAUAAAGAAGAGACAUUCCAAUGCUGUUCUCAGAGACUUGUACAUUCUGAGGCAUUUACUUAUAAUAGACAGUCAAUUAUAGUGAAGGGCAAAUAAUUAACAUAAAAUCACACUAAUUUCAUUUUUCAGGGAAUGAUGCUCAUGUUUAUAGGGUCAAAUUAGAGCUCUGUUGGUAAAUUAGAGCUAUGUUGUUAAAUUAGAACACUGUUGUUAAAUUAAAGCUCUGUUGUAAAAUUAGAGCUCUGUUGUAAAACUAAAGCUCUGUUGUAAAAUUAGAGGUCUGUUGUAAAAUUAGAAAAUUGUUGUUAAAUUAGAGCUCUGUUGAAAAUUUAAGCUCUGUUGCAAAAUUAGAACACUGUUGUUAAAUAAGAGCUCUGUUGCAAAAUUAGAAUAUUGUUGUUGAAUUAGAGCUCUGUUGAAAAUUAAAGUUCUUUUGCAAAAUUAGAACACUGUUGUUAAAUUAGAGCUCUGUUGAAAAUUUAAGCUCUGUUGCAAAAUUAGAACACUGUUGUUAAAUAAGAGCUCUGUUGUAAAAUUAGAAUAUUGUUGUUAAAUUAGAGCUCUGUUGAAAAUUUAAGCUCUGUUGCAAAAUUAGAACAAUGUUGUUAAAUAAGAGCUCUGUUGAAAAUUUAAGCUCUGUUGCAAAAUUAGAACACUGUUGUUAAAUAAGAGCUCUGUUGUUAAAUUAGAACACUUUUGUUAAAUUAGAGCUCUGUUGAAAAUUAAAGCUCUGUUGCAAAAUUAAUGCGAAAUAUUGCUGGCCUACAUUUAAAUAUAUUCUGGUCAAAUGAGCUUCUGCCAAGUGCUGUUUGGCUUUGUUUAUUAGGCGCAAACAAAUGUUUGUUUGCAGUUUUAUGACCUACCCUUUUUUUCCCUGACCUAAAUCUUUUUUAUAUCCUUGUGCAAUAUUUCUUAAUUCUUAUAUUUUUAUUUUAAAAAUCUCAAGAAUGAUUUUUGACCCCCCUAUACCCUAUUUUUGGGAAAUGAAACCGGUAAAAAAACAAGUAAUUCAAAUUCAACAAUGCUAAAAACAACUGUUUGCAACAUAAAACAUGUAGGCAAUUCCUUUGAAAUGGCUUCAUACAUUCAUAACCUCUUCUGGGUUACCAAAGUCUUGCUUUAAAUCUGUCUCCUAGUCCGCCGGGGUUAUUUUUUGCCUCCGAGUGAACAUCUCAACGAUUGUCUGUUGUUAUAUGUCUUAUUCAGACAAAUGGCAUUUAUAAUCACUAGUAUUUAUUAUCACAAAUAUUUUUACAAUCCAGAGUAUUAUAAAUGGGACUUUCACACAUGCAUUUAUUAUCCCUGGAGUUAUGUAUACAAAGUUUCAUAUGUGUCUGAAUGUUUUUUUAGUUAUUGCCAAGGUUAAAGUUUAAACUCGACUCCCGACAACGAUGUGUGCAGCAAACAAUACUCAAAAAAAUGCAGACCUUAAUUCCAAUAUUUGAUAAAAACAAAAUGUGGACAUCCAAUAUGGGUAAGUAAUUUUGCAAUUCAGAAAACAAUGUAUAAACACACUAGCGGAUUCAGGGGAGGGGGAUGCACCUGGAGUGCUCCUCCACUUAUAUUAUUCAAAUUUACCCUUUAUGUCAAUAUUGAAGAAAAAAGUAAUAAAAUAUGCUAAAAAUCCACCGUUUUAGACUAGAAAUUGUUUUAAAAGAAAACCUUGGGGGAUACCCACAAACAUUCCCUAUCAUCUAUAUUUUGGUUCUGAGUGUGCGUUUAAUGUCAAAAUGUUGUGCCUCUUAUGUCAAUUCUUAGAAAAGCCCCUAAAAUAGACCAAUUUAUCUCGACUGACCAUUCUUAACCUAGGUCGUGGGAGGGGAACAUAAAAUAUAUAUUUUGAGACUAGUCUUGAGUAUGUUAUUUUUCAUUUCAUUUUUUUAUAGUGAAAAUGAUGUCAUUUGUGUUCAGAUAUGUUUACAUGUAUAUUGUAUGUUUUUAUGUUGUUGCAGUUGUGUUCAUGUUAUUCAAAUAACCAUAACGGAUCUAUGUCAAAAUGUUUUAUUGAUGUUUUAUGUGGGUGAAUUUUAUGCUAUGCAUGGCUAUGUUUUAUUCAAGGUUGAGGUGUUUGUUACGCACUAUAUAAAAUGUACCAAUGAUAAUCACUUGUUUGUAUUUCAUUGCUAGAUAUAGCCAAUAAAUGAAAUAGCCACGAUAAUGAGCUAUAGAAUAA